AAACUUUGUGCUCAUUCUCUAAACAAAUCCAGAAUGCUCAAGUUUGCGCUGCUAUUUUCGCUUGUGGCUUCGAAUUCGAUCGGUUCUCUAAGUGGAUACCAAUCCGUGUGCCUACUGGAUGACCCGAUAAAUCAAUGUGGGAACUUCUGCCUCACAUCGCUGGCUCCCUUGAUAGAGCACAUUCGAAAGCACCAGGAUGCGUGGGCCGUCAGUGAUAUCGCGGUGAAGAAAACGGAGGAGCGACUGGGCAGGAUUGAAGGCCUGCUGACCACAUUGAAGUACAUGAGGCAGAAAGGCCUGGAGGAAUCCUGGUCGCAGGAUAUCAAGGCCAGGCUGGACAGGCUGGAGAGUCAGCAGGGGGAUCUGUUGAAGAAACUGGAAAAAUUCGAUAAGAGAAUUGUGCCACCUAAUUUUGAAAUGAUUGUUUCAAGGUUCUUCUACGUCGAGGGAAAAAUGCGGAUGAAUUGGUCUGCUGCUGCAAGCACCUGUCGGCAAAUGGGCGCUCAACUGGCAGUAAUUCAAAGUGAAGAGGAGCUAAAGGCUCUCAAGGUGAAACUUCCAAGGGAUCGUAUCUACUGGUUGGGUCUUAAUGAUCUGGAACACGAGGGCGAGUUCAAAUCUUCAGAGACUGGUAAGCCGGCACCUUUCUUCAAGUGGAGAGCUGGACAGCCGAACAAUUCCAAUGGCAGUCAGCACUGCGUCGACCUCUUGGACGGACUUAUGUACGAUAACAAAUGCGAAAGCCUGAGCUACUUCAUCUGUCAGUUGGACGACGGCAGUGUGAGCUAAAUGGAUGUAGGAAGGUAUUUUAUAACCCAUCAAUAAAUUUAGCUAAUAGAAACCAUUUCUACUACAUAUAUGUGCGGUAUCUCAAAAAUGCAAUUAAAUAAAUAUGUAGGUAUCUUAAAAUGGGCCUAUUUUUGUUUUCAACUAAUGUUAAAUCCUAAUUAAAGUAGCUAUAUUAACUUAUCAAAAGUUCUUUGCAAAAGAUACUUUUAAAAAUUUUUAAAUAAAAAACAAUAAAUU